AUGGUGACCUUUGAGCUCGCCAAGCCCCACGCUGUGAUCGCCACUCCUGACUUCGAGAGUUUGAGCCUUGACAGCUUCUGGGACCUUGUCGCGGUCGGCCUCGUUCACUUGCCGGUACCGCCCCUGGGUGAGGCCUUUUUGCUAAAGCCCUUGGCGGCCAAGUUCUUUCUGCUCUUCUACCAGCACAGCCGGCGAAGCCAUGGCCGAAGAGGAGAAGGGCACCGGGGCCUGGACCAGCGUGAGAUGAGCUGGUGGGUCUCUUCCUUGGACCUGUCCAGUACAGCUCGCUACAACCUUGCUGCCCGUUGGCUUCUUCGACAACAGGGCAUAGUGCGACAGCGCGGUGAGGAGUUUGACCCUUCGGAGCUGACCUACAAGCCGGCCGAGGUGGUUGUGGACCCGCAGACCGGCGAGGACGUGGAGCUGACCCCGGUCGACUACCUGGCCGGCCUGAACAAGUUGCUGGACGCCCUGGAAUCCAUCAACGGCCAGUCCACUUUGGACAAACGAGGAGAACUUCGACAGCAGUUCUACGUGGACUUGAAACGGAAGGCGGGCGAGCGCAUGUCGGAGUUCUGCACCAGAUUCAGAACCCUCACUGCUGACCUUCGUGCUGAAGGAGUUCUUCUACCAGAUGGUGAACUGGGAUGGUUCCUGAAGGAAAAGCUCGGGUUGGACCCGCUGCGGAAGCAGCUGUUGGAGACCGCGCUCCAGGGCAACGAGAAUUACUCGGCCAUUGAGCGCGAGGUGCUGCGGCUGUUCAAGGCGGAUGUUUGGUGGCGGAUCCUCCGGCAGUUCGGUGGCUACACCUAUUUCGGCAUCGGCGUCUACGGCACCUUCGUCGCGCGCUUCGUGGUCUUCGUCGGCGCAACAGCCAAUGUCGCUGAGGUUGCCGAGGAGGAGGAGCUGGACGAGGAGCCGGACGGUGAGGACAAUGGUGCCGGCCCAGAUGUGGCCGGUAGUCUUGAAGACACGAUCAAAACCGAGGCGGAAGUCUUGGCCACCGAGCUGGAGGCCGCUGAGGAGGAAGGCGUCGACCCGGAGUUAUUGGAUAGCGUUGAAGCCGGCUUCGAGCAGGCCGCCGAGACACUGGUCACCAUGCGGGAGGCCAGGACCAGGCUUGCCGAGGUCCGCAAGGACCGUGGAUAUGGCCGCGCUCAAGAUCCUGGUGGCCGGAAACCCCCAGCCACUGCUCAGGUGGCGACGCGGAAAGCCUCUGGGAAGCACCCCUGCUUUGAUUGCGGGCAGAGCGGCCAUUGGGCUGGGGAUCCUGAAUGCACUCGACCUGGUGCUGGCGCCGGCCGCAACACAGCCGCCAAGGGUGCCGGCAAGACCAAGCACGUUAAGCAGGUGAAGGUUGUGGAGAACCUGAACCCCGACCACCAGGUGCAGAUCACCGAGCACACCCCGGUCCAUGAAGUAGCUGUAGUUGACGUGAUGAACCUUGAGCAAGCUUUGCAGAGCUCGAGUGAAAAGCAGUCGGUCACCCCCGGAUUGCACGGUGACAAACAGCUGGUCGGUGCCCUGGACUCUGCGGAGUCUAUGAUCAGCCAGAAGACUUGGCCUCGGCGUCACCAUCAACGAGGGCAAGAUCGUUUCACGGCCAUGAACCUCAAGGACUGUUGUCAUCUGCGCGACCGGAUGGGCUACAAGUCCGCCUUCGUGGAGGACUCGGCUCUGAUGGGCAUGUUGGCAGCUCGUGCACUUCGUGGCCAAGCCUCGCUGAUCAAGAAGAACGCAAUGGAGGAGCAUCAGGCCGAGGCUCGAGCCCUGCUCGCCCAGGGCCAGCAGAUGGAAGCGGUGCGCUCCAUGAUUGGACCUCGGGGCGGGCUACCUUCACUCAAGAGCGACCUCGUGCGCCUCGCCACCCUGUUGCACCUGGCCGUGGACAGCAAAGACACGGUGGAGUCCCUCAAGAGCAAGAUCCGUGGCCCUCUGGCCACCAUCAUGGAAACUUACAAGGCGGGGAAGGCCCCCGCAUCAAGCCCCUCAGCAGUCAAGGUUGUGAGCGAGAAGCCUUCGUCGUCGCUGGCGGCCGCACCCACACCGUCAUCUCCCGCGGUCAUGAAUGUCGAGGAGAUCGAGUCCAAGGUGGUGGACAUGAUGGCCAGGCAGGAGGAGCGGUUUCAGACCAUGCUGACGCAGGUUUAUCAGCACGUCCUCCUGCUGCAGAACAAUCAGCAGGUGCCUGGAAUGGCGGCCAGCCAACAGAGCGAUGGGACCAACUCCUGGAUGGAGAUGAACGUGCAGGACCAGGUCAUGGAGACUAUGUGGUCAGCUGAGAUGGAAUCCUAUUCCCAGGAGGUCUUCUUGACCGAGUUGGACUUGGUGCACCCGCUCAUCACGGAGGUCUAUACCGACACUGAGCCUGUUGCUCGCGCUGCUCGUCGGCGAGGUCAUCGGUCUGGGGAGAGCCUGACCUUGGGCUUUGGCUGGGAUUUCUCCCUCCCCAGCCACCGUUCUGCGGCGGUGCAUCUGAUCAAGGAGAGUAAGCCCUACUGCGUGGUGUUGGCCUUUCCUUGUGGACCUUGGUCGGCCCUGAUGCGGUUGAAUCCGGCCAAGGACCUGGCUGAGCGCCGACGAGCUGCCAAAGUUUUGGUUGAUUUUGCUGCUGAAGUUGCACUGCUACAACUCCGUGAAGGUCGGCACUUCAUCAUGGAGAAUCCUCGAGGUUCUGAUGCUUGGAAGCUGCCGAUCGUGCAACGACUGCUACAACAUCCGCGGGUUCGCUCGGUCUACAUCGACCAGUGCGCCUUCGGCCUCAAAUCGGCCGGCGGAGAGCUGCACCAGAAGCCAACCAGAUUGGUGACUAGCAGUCAAGCGCUGGUUUCCAGGGUUCGUGGCGGAAAAUGUGAUCGCUCACAUCAUCAUGCGCCAGUACUCGGGGGUCGCAAGAUCACAGAGCCGGCGGGACACUACCCCGAUCGCCUCGCCCAGGCGAUGGUGCAAGGGCUGGAGGACCAGUUCAACUUUGAAACGUGGUUGGUCCAUCGGAACCUGGAACAGGAACAGAAUGAGGUGAUGGUGGUCGAUCCUGGCGAUCCGGACUUUGAGGCGGAGCCGUCUUCGGGCGAGGAGGUGGAUGAUCUUCCCCAGGCUAGCGAGAAGCUGACCAUUCCUGCUGCAAUUCGGAACGCAGUGUACCGACUUCACGAGAACACUGGGCAUCGCAGUGGACGUCGCCUUGCACGAGCCCUUGUUGUUUGUGGAGCCCCUCGUGAAGCUGUGGCGGCAGCGCGUCAGCUCAAAUGCUCAGUAUGUGCUGAACGCCGGCCUCCGAAGGCUGCUCGGCCUGCCGGACUACCCUCGGUUCGAGAUGCCGGUGAACGAGCUCACAUCGACUUCUUGAUCGUGGAGGAUGUCUUCCGAGUGCCCUACGUGGUUUGCCACAUCACCGACUCUGUCACUCGGUACCAGAUGGCGGACAUCCUGGAGAACAAAUCUACCGAGGCGGUAGUGAACUUCCUACAGCAACGCUGGUUGCCGGUGAUGGGUUUGGACGGCAUGCGCCUGGCCUUGGGAGAAGCGGUGGAGGCCUACAACACCGAUGUGAAUGAGGAGGGCGUCACGCCGCUUCAGUUGGCACGAGCGAGAUCGUCUACCUACGAGAAGGUCCCCAAGCCAGGUGACCUUUGCUACUUCUGGCGAGAGCAGAAGUACAACAACCCCCGGAAGUCUGGUGGAAUGGGUGCCAACGCCUUCUUGUCCUUCAAGGGCCAGCUCACCAAGUGCCCCCUGGAGCAUAUCCGGCCGGCAUCAUCCUUGGAGCAGAUUGCGGCGGACUCUUGGGAGGAGGCCAUCCGGGAGGAGAACAUGGCGAUCCUGCUGGUGCUGCUGAUGGUCCGGGACUACCUGGCCAAGAGGCGGCUGUUCAUGGAGCUCUACCGGUUCCUUCAGCUGUACCUCACCCCGUCGCCGGCGGUGAAUCAGGACUCGGUGGAGGGUGGAACGGCCAUGCCUGGCACUCCGGUACCGGAUCUAGAGGAAUCUGUGGCUUCAGCUUCACUGCCGGAUGACCCCAACCUGUCGCAGCCCGCGUUCGAGGCCUUGACGAUGUCGUCAACUGAGAUUGACCGCAUUGCGACAGAGACUGAUGGUGUGCAUCCUCUACUUCGACUACAAGCGCUUGCUGAAAAUGAUCGACGGCAUCCGCUGGAGUGCCUGGAUGCUGAUCAUGGGAGCUGGGAUGGCAGAUGGUCUCACAUUUGCCAGGCUGAAUGGAACCUCAUGCGGGAGCUCGGUGAGAAGUUUCCCAAUGGUGACUGUCACAAUGUGGCUGCGGUCCAGACUGCGAGAAAGGAGUAUCCCUGGAAGCCCAUGCCGGAGCCCACGAAACAUGCGUUUCGAGAGGCCGCCGUGAAGAACUGGAAGGCCUAUGUGGAUAACAACGCCAUCAAGGUCCUCUCGCUUCAGGAGUCUCGUGCGGUGAAGCGCGAGUUGGCCAGGCGUGACGCUCCGACGGGUUCGAGAAUCUCGCAGCACUUGCUCUUCAUCAUGGCGAGCGCUCACCCCGGCUGGGCCCUCAUCUCGGCAGAUGUGAAGUCAGCGGAACACAGCUUGAACGACAUUGGCAAGGAGCUUGGCUUUGGCAGCCUUGAAAGAACAUGUUUUGUCUGGUGCGGAAAGAAGAUCCGUCGGGCAGAGGAUGGGACAAUCCGCCUCAGCAUGGUUGAAUACCACCAGAACCUCAAGCCGAUGUACUUGUCUCGUCAUCGACGCUCAGAUCCCAUGGCCCUACUUGCUCCUGCAGAAGUUCGGCAACUUCGAGCAUUGCUGGGCUCGCUGCAAUGGCUGGUGGCACAGCUGCGAUUCGACAUGUCCUAUGUGGUGUCGUCGUUGCAGGGCGAAUCGCCCACGGUCGGUACCGCCAUCAGGGCGAAUUCCGCCGUGCAAGCCUUCAAGGAGGAUGUGAACUUUGAGAUGGUUUUCAGGCCGCUGGAUUGGGAAAAGGCUGGGAUCAUGGUGGUGACAGAUGCAGCUCUUGGCAAUGUCACUCGAUUUGGCACUGAUGGCGCGGCGCCUCUGGAGAAGGUCUUCUCGCAGGCCUGCUACUUCGUGUUGGUUGCAGACGCCGACCUGAUGAACGGCAAGACUGGCCGGUUUAACAUCUUGGAUGCCCGGAGCCAUAGGGUUCCCCGUGUAUGUCGCUCCAGCUAUGCAGCUGAAACUCUCAGCGCCGAAGAGGCCUUCGAUGUUGGGCAGUUGUGCAGGGGUUUCUUCGCCUCGCUCAAGGGCAAGUCCGUGGUCGGCAAGGAGUUCGAGAGGAACAUCGACACGGUGGGCCUGACGGUGGUGGUGGACGCGAAAGACGUCUACGAUAAGUCCAAUUCGGACACCGCGAGCUAUGGCUCGCAGAAGUCCUUGGCCUUCACGGUGGCUUGGAUGCGUGCCUUCCUGAGGCGUCCUAACACAGCCCUCAAGUGGACCUCCACGGAGAACAUGUGGGUCGAUGGUGGCACCAAGGCCAUGGAUUUGACUCACAUGAGGAAGAUUAUCAAGACCGGUUCCUGGUCGGUUUCCUACUCCCCGGACUUUGUGAAACAGGUGCACAAGGCGGCCAAGAAAGUUCCUAAGGUAUCUGCAUGCGCAGUGCUUCCUGGAGAUGCAGUUGGCGGAGAUGAUCCGAUACUUGCCCACCUCAUGGCCUUGGGGGAACAACGCGGCUGGCAUGCGCGAGCCGGUGUCGGCAUCAACGUGGCUACAUCAGCCAAGUCCUUUCGGACGCCUGAGCCCCGGUUUUCUGCAGAGUCUUUGCCCCUCCGCACCACGUUUGGUCGUUUCCAGCACGAGACCGGACAGUACGAGUGGAGGCGCUUGGAGGAUGCCUUGCGGUACGGCAGCCUAGCCAACCCGCACGGCAUGAUUGGACGGACCGAGAAGGUGGAGGACGCCACCGUGAUCCAGCGCAUGCAAGACAUGGUGGACGAGACCUUCAAGGGAUGGGGCCGCAGCUUGACAUGA